AUGGGACAUGCAGAUGCAGUCUAUAGCAAGAUUAGUUGUACGAGGUACAGUUCACCUGAUGAUCAUGAUCAUGGCUUAAGUGAUAGAAUUGAACCAUUUCAGAUGCUUAAGAAUCACUGUGUACCAACAAGUGAUUCCACAGAGAAGAAACUUUCUUGGUUACGUUCACAAAUCAUUGGUGGGAAUGCAGAAUUCAACACCCCAUUUGGAAAGCGUAUGCUCACUUAUUCUGAUCACACUGCCUCCGGUCGGUCUCUUCAAUAUAUUGAAAACUACAUCCUAGAUCAUGUUCUUCCAUUUUAUGGUAACAGUCACACCACAGACAGUUAUGUAGGCUACCAGACUACAAAAAUGGUGCAUGAAGCAGCAAAUUACGUAAAGAAAUGCUUGGGAGGUGGAGGAGAAGAUGCAAUAAUUUUCUGUGGUUCUGGAUCAACAGCAGCUAUUAAAAGACUGCAAGAAGUAAUGGGAUUAGCUAUUCCUUCAAUACUAAGAGAUAGAUUCUUGAAAUGUCUUAGCAAUGAAGAAAGGUGGGUGGUUUUUGUUGGCCCUUAUGAACACCACUCCAACCUCCUCUCUUGGCGGGAGAGCCUGGCGGAGGUGGUGGAGAUUGGCCUGGAUCAAGAAGGGUUGCUGGAUAUGGAAUCCUUCAAACUCAAACUCGAUUUUUAUAAAUCGAAAAACAGGCCAAUUCUUGGUUCCUUUUCUGCUUGUAGCAAUGUCAAUGGGAUUUGUUCAGAUACACGUGCAAUAUCUCGACUUCUUCACCAAUUUGGAGGCUUUGCUUGCUUUGAUUUUGCUGCGAGUGGUCCUUACGCGAGGAUUGAGAUGAGAUCAGGAGAAAUUGACGGCUAUGAUGCAGUUUUCCUUAGCACACAUAAAUUUCUGGGAGGUCCAGGUUCCCCUGGGAUUCUGCUAAUGAGCAAGGCCCUUUAUCGGCUGGGAUCUUCUCCUCCAUCAACAUGUGGAGGUGGAACUGACACUUUAUAUGUUGACAACAUAGAAGAAAGGGAAGAUGCUGGAACUCCACAAAUCAUUCAGAAAAUCAGAGCAGCAUUGGCUUUUUGGAUAAAAGAAUACAUUGGUUACAAAGCCAUUGAGAGACAUGAACAAAAUUACAUUGAAAGAGCACUCAAAAGACUUGUUCCCAACCCCUACAUAUGGGUAUUAGGCAAUACAAUAGCCAAAAGACAAGCCAUAUUAUCUUUCUUUAUUUACUCUACUACAUAUUCUUCAUCAUCUGAGAUAAACCUGUGGGGAGAUACCGGAAAUACGAGAGAUAAGCCGCUUCAUGGCCCAUUCGUUGCCAAACUUUUGAAUGACCUUUUCGGGAUCCAGGCCCGGGGAGGUUGUGCUUGUGCAGGGCCUUAUGGACACAGUUUGCUCGAUAUCGAUGAGUCCCAUUCGCUAGCCUUCAGGUCGGCCAUUGAAAAGGGUUAUGUUGGAGUAAAGCCAGGAUGGACAAGAGUGAGCUUUCCCUACUACAUGUCUAAGGAAGAAUUUGAGUUCAUUCUUGCAGCAAUCGAAUUCCUAGCCAUUUAUGGACAGAGAUUUCUUCCUUUAUACCAUUUCAACUGGAGAACUAGUGCAUGGACUUCCAACAAAAAUGAACUCAAAAAAUUGUUUCUCGGGGAAGAAAAUAAUUUCAAUCCUAAUGGCUCAUCCUUAGGCACUAUGAUCAAAGCAUCAAACCAGUUGGAAUUUGAUGGUUCGAUCAUCAGCAGAUAUGCAAAUUAUUUGGAGACAGCAAAACGCAUUGCAACCCUUCUUCCAAAAUUUCCACUGGAGAGAAAGGUACCAGAAGAUAUUAUCGAUCUUGUGCCCUUUAGAGUUUAA